GUGAAAGGUCACGUGAAUUGCGUUCGACCAUGGAAUGCCACAAGGCGGCGGUGGUGCCGCUGGACGUGUGGUACAGCGCGUGCUUUGGCUUUGUAGAUGUGAAGGAUCGCUGGCAGCACCUCGCGCUAGUGUCGCGGGCGUGGCGCGUUGCCGCGUUGGCAUCGGUGAAGGCCCACAGCCACUUGGAUUUGACAUGGUGCCGCGGAGAAGACCAACUCGAGCAAGCGAUUCGCAUGCUGUUGUUGCCGCUGAAAGGCGACGACCACAGUUUACUUGUGGCCGCCUCGACCCGCGUCCAAGUGUCGUCCAUUCGACUGUACGGACCUCGCGUGAUCAAGCCAACACUAGCGCGGCUGCUCUGUGGCGUAGGACCCCUUCAGUUCCGGCGAAUCGACAUCGAAAGCAAGCAAGCGGACGUUCCGGAGUUGCAGCUUGUCACGCUCUGCCGUCACUUGCACACGCUGCAUCUGAACUGCAUUAAACUCACGGACGACGUUCUGGUGCAAAUUGCUGUGGCCUGUACAGAACUGGUGGAACUCGACGUGGCAGGGUGCUCACGAAUCGGUGACGACGGCCUCGUGGCCAUCGCAAUGAGUUGCCCCAAGUUGCAAGUGCUGGAUGCGUCCAUGUGCAUCCGCAUGACCGACCACGGAUUGCAUGCGAUGGCGCUCCAUGCGCCCACACUCAAGUCGGUGACCAUGAACAAAUGCCUCAAAAUCUCUGACGUGUCGGUGGCCCACCUAUUGCACAGACAGCACAACCUCACGUACUUGUCUGUGGCAAACUGCCCCAAGCUCCACCAUGCGCUACACAUUGCCCCAAUGUCCGGAUCGCCGUCAAGUCUGACACAUGUCAACUUGAUGGGAUGUGCGUCCAUCGACGACGUCCCACCACCACACGAACAGCUGGGUGGUUUCAGUCAAUUUCUGCAACGGCACAGCAAAACCCUCCGUUAUCUCGACCUGACCGGACUGAUUCACUUGCUACCCACUUCGCUGCACCGUGUCGCUGUUUGUGAUGGGCUCGUGUCCCUCAACCUUUCAAUGUGUCGAACUGUGACCGACACGGAGGUGGCCAUCAUCGCUGCGGGGUGCCCGCGACUCGAGAGCGUGUCCCUUCAAGGGUGCGUCCACGUUACGGACGUUGCGUUGACGGCGUUGGCGUCGCACUGCCGCGACUUGAAGUCGCUGUCGCUCGAGUUUUGCUACAACAUCUCUGACCGAGGGUUCUGCACCCUAGUCCAGAACUGCCUCCGACUGACGCAUAUCAACGUGAAGGCGUGCAACUUGCUGCACGAAACGUCGUUUACCACGCUGGCGAGUCGACAAAGUGAAGUGGCGCUCGAGAGGUUGGUCAUUGGGGCGUGCGCCGAUUUGGCCACCACCGCGAUGUAUGCUAGCAUCAUCAAGCAAUCGUUUCCGCAUUGUGUCGUCAUGUGGACGUAAACGGAAAUACAUCAAGACGCCAUUUCACUACCGUGAAUAAACACAUCAACGCACAGUCGCUUCCUAUGAAAACAUCGUCAUGUUAUCUCGGGCAAUUGUUAGCCAACUCACUACUAAUACCAUAAAUUCACUGCAAUUGUUGUCAUGGGUAAAGCAAUAGCUUUACCAGGAACAACCUUGGCGUUCAGUUCAC